AUGGCCGAUCCGCGACCAAGUUAUGCAACAUGGAAGCAGUACAUCAAAAGGCUUGAAGACAAAGAAGAUAAAUAUGAACGCCGCUAUCCUCACGAAUGCAAAAAGCCACCGCCACCCCUACAUUACCCACAUCACCUUGCUGGUGUCUGCGAACACUUUCAUGACAUACUCCUCGACUCGCCACGCUUAUGGACGACUAUUGUCGUCUUCCUUGAUUUCGAACUCAUCGAGACCAUAUCCGACCUGAAGAUGUCCCUCCGGUUCUCUCAAGAUUUUCCCUUGGACGUCUCAGUCGAUCACUGGCUGAAGUCCAUCCGAGACAGAGGCUUCUGUGAUGACGAGAACAUAGCGAGUCGUGCAGUCAUCAAGAUAUUGCGUCUGCAUUUCCAUCGGUGCAGAACUAUCGAGUACAGCGCCGUCUUAGGCACUUCGCUACCCUCUCCCUCAAGAGAUCUUUCUGCCCUUUCGUCGACGCUCGAAUCCCUGAUUCUCAAGUGCAAGUUCGACGACGAGCACCCGAACGGCAUACUUUUUGGGGAGGAUCCCGCGCCAAUUCUAGACCUCGCCUCCUCUCCACUUAUGAACCUCGAAGACCUGUAUCUUUCUGGCUACACCGUCAUGGACGCCUGUCGAAAUGCUCCGCAGCUCGUCCAGGCAGCGCAAGCCACCCUCAUUCUUCGGGACUACCAGGCUACCAGGAGUGGCGAGCCCGCUAAGCAAAUAGUCCCACAUCUUCUCAAAGCGCUAACUCAUGCCCCUCCCCGCCACAUUUUUUGGAGCCGUGACGUCGUGCUGUACGAUAUUGACGUCUCACAUUGGCAGGCGGGUAUGCUUUAUAAACCGUUUUGCAUGCAAGGCGUGGCGACCUUGACUCUAACUGGCUUGGAGGGCGGAACCAUGAGCAACCUGCUUGAUUACGUGGAUUUCAGCGACGCUAGCCUUCUCACUGUCACGCGUUGCCACAUUCCAGAGGGGGUCAGGAGGUUUGGCUACGGGGAGCAGCUUCACCUCGACGAUCUCCGUGGAUGGCCAGAUCUAGUUGAUUUGCUGGAAGAAUGGAACGGCCUACACCUUUCGAUUAUGAGACAUGCUGGGCCGUUGGACCUCAUCCUUCGCCUUCUGGCCAAACGUCGCAAGGCUGGCAAAUGCAGCAUGAACGAACUCCUGCUCGAUGACUGCACAAACUUUUCGGUGAGGGCGAUGAAGAGGUUAUGUAAGUCCAGGCGUCCAACGGACAUGGAUAACGUUGCCGUCUGUGGCAUUGGGCCGGUGAUAUCGACAGAAGAGAGGUGUUGGUUUGAGUCCGUGGAUGUCAUGGACGGAACACAUGAUGGAUGA